AUGGCAGCAGCAAUAUCAACAACAACCACCAGCAGCGCCGCCAUGAAGCUCAUCGUGCGCCGCUUCUACUCCGACAUCUGGAACAAAUUCGACACCACCCCAGCCUUGGUGGACGAGUUGAUCUCGCCGACCGUCGCCUUCCGCGGCACCCUCGAGCACGGCACCACGGACCGAGAGGGUUUCAAGCGAUACGUGCGCGAGAUCGAGGCCUCGUUUCCGGACUUCUACCAGCGGGUCGACCAGUUGUGGGUGGACAGCGAGAACGAGACAUGUAUCGCGCGCAUGCACUGGUCAGCCACGCACAGCAAGGACUUCCGCGGGUACGCGGCGACGGGGCGCCGGUUUGAGUAUCCCGGCGUGGGCAUCUUCCGGAUCGUCAACGGGAAGAUUCAGGACGUUUGGGCCGUGGGGGAUACCUGGGGAAUGUUCAAGGUGAUUUCGGGAGUGGAGGACAAACAGAAAGGUACCGAGGUGGCUGAUGGGAAGAGCUGA